CUCGUUUCUGGAGUUCAGACUCUUCCUUCCCUCUCUCUCCUCUAGCUCUACCCCGUCUCCGUCUGCGCUCUCGAUAGCAGGAAAAACAAACCCGUCCGCUAUCGGCGAUCGUCCGAUUAUAAUCCUAGUCCAACACCUUGCAGUCCCAUCAUGCGCUCCCGCUAUUGAAGGUGGAUGGAGCUUGUUCCCCUAAAACCCCAACCUCGCUCAACACCAUGCCGAACGCUGCUCCCGCGGUGGCCUUGUCACAACAAAGUCCGCCGCCACCCACUUUCAAUCUGAAUCCGACUUUUGAUCAGGAUAAAGACCAUAGCGCUGAUGAGUCUUGGUCCGCUGUUGACAGCGAUACUGGUCUUGGACAAAAUGGGUCCUCUCGCGGCUUGAAACGCCGACGACCGCUCACUGUCUCUUGUGAACUAUGCAAGCAACGAAAAGUCAAGUGUGACCGUGCCCAACCGAGUUGUGGGUGGUGUACGCGCAAUGGCCAGAUUUGCGAGUACAAAGAGAGGAAGAAGCCAGGCCUGCGCGCAGGUUACGGCAAGGAACUAGAACAACGACUUGACCGGCUCGAGGAGGUCAUCCAAGCACAGGCGCGCCUCAUAGAGACCCAUAUUCUUCAGGGCCAACCGCGACUAUCGCAUGAUCUCUCUCACCCAACAGCUCUGUCGUACAGUUCCCCAUCGGAGCCUUCUGCGGCGCAUGGACCUAGUCCUCGGAACCCUUUUUACUUCCAAGAGCCCACAUCCGUGCCCUCAGCUCCCCGUCCGCCCGAGCCGUCUAUCACGAGUCCAACAGACGUAUCGGUGAAAAACUCUAUCCAGAGUCAGCUCACUGGCGGCCUCUCCUCGGUGCCUUCCUUGCCGCAAAUCUCAAACACUACGCCGCAAAACGACUACAAUGAUAAUGAAUCAUCAUUGAAGGUGCCUGUCAGUCUCUUCGCCAACCAAGAACAAUCUUUUUCAGACCCAGAGCUCGACCUUCCACCUUACGACUUAUUAUACGCGUUGGUAGAUCUUUAUUUCGAGCAUCUAAACACCUGGUGCCCAAUCCUUCACCGACGAACAACGCUGGACACAUUUUUCGGUCCGUCUCCUCUUGAAGAAGCUGACCGCAUGGUACUAUAUGCUAUUGUCGCAACUACACUGCGCUUCUCCAACGACAGUAGACUUACCGAGCAGAACCGAAAACGAUACCAUGACUCCUCUAAGCAAAAGGUUCUGCUCUAUGGUUUGGAAAGCUCGUCUGUAAAGGCGCUCCAGGCUCUGGUGAUUCUUGCCCUCGACCUCGUCGGAUCAUCUAAUGGACCACCCGGGUGGAAACUCUUGGCCUUAAUAACGAGGUCGGUCGUCCAACUUGGUCUAGCUGUGGAAGCCAAGUCGACGUUGAUAUCUCCUGUCUACCCAAGUAUCUACACUCUACGAGCCGUUACCCUACCCGAGUCUGAAUCUUGGAUUGAAGAUGAAGGCAGACGUCGACUCUUCUGGAUGGUGUACCUUCUUGACCGAUAUUCCACCAUCACAACGGCUUUCGACUUUUCAUUGGAUGAUAAGGACAUUGAUCGCAAACUUCCCUGCAAGGACGAAUAUUUUAUCAAGAAUCAACCUGUCGAGACCAGGUGGUUCCAGUCCCUGAACGACCGUCCAGAUCAUCUCAUUCGUUCGGAGAAUGUUGGAUCUUUUGGCCUCUAUGUGGAGAUACUUGGAAUUCUUUCGCGGAUCCAUCUUUUUCUGAAACGGCCAGUGGAUAUCGGAGCACUGUCUGAUGUUGAGGAUUGGCAGGCAACAUAUCGCAAACUGGACAGUGAGCUCACUACGUGGGAAUUCAACCUCCCUACCGAAUAUACUUACGAAAAUGCUUCUCGUGCCUUCAGCGGGUCGAAACACAAGGGGCAUCAUUGCGAUUGGGUCCAACUACAUUCUGUUUACCAGACGGCGGUGAUACGUCUUCAUUCUUCGGCAGCUUAUCCUACCACGCGGUCCCCGAUCUUCACACCAUCAUAUAGCGCCAGUCAACGUUGCUUGCUCGCAGUCGAUAAUAUCCUUUCGGUGACUCGUUUUGUUGUCAACAACCAGAUUCUCGAUAAGCUUGGACCGCCAUUUGCGUUCACACUUUGGGUUUCUGCUCGCUUAUUACUUGUCCACGGCUCCACAAUUGCGCACACCGUGAGUCCUGAUAUCAUGUUCAUCGUCGAUACUCUUUCUCGAAUGGGCAAAUAUUGGAAGGUGGCCGAGCGCUAUAGCUCGAUUCUGCAGAGAGUGCUCGAUGAGUACGGUGAAUACCAACAGUCAGGAGCAGUUGAUGGUGACCGUUCGACCCCGUCUUCUGUAAAGAUUCUCGCGGAUAUGCGUCGAUGUGCCUUUGACCUUGACUUUUUAAUAUCGCGACAACCGCGUUCAUCCCCCUCCUCGAGUCAGCCAGCAGCUUCAACAACCGGAAUGCUCUCGAGAAGCCUUGCACCGAACGAGUUGGAAUACUUGGAUGUCUUCGGUUUCUUCAAUGUCCCCCGGGUUCCCGCCGGGCGGGCUCCUGACAUCAAUAGCCUGGAUAUGAGUGAAGCUGUCAAUAACCCCAUGUCAAUCCAUGGCUUGACUGGAACUGGGAAUCCAGGUUCGAUAGUGGAUGGUACACCCACGAACACAAAUGAGUUCAACAUCACCAACUACCUGAUCCCAACGCCUGAAACGGAUUGGCUUUUCCGUCCUGCCGGCUAAUUAUAGCCGAGAUAGGACGCGCCAAACCUGUUCUCGCUCUAUACGGCUCUAGUCGCUGUUGUAACUUUCUGCCGUUCGGACAAUGCUCUAUCUGCAUGACACUCCAGAGUGUCCUAUCUCACUUGUACUCGCCACCCGUCAAUCAUCGGUCCCCUUCGUCUGUAUCAACUAAUGCCCAUAUUCAGCGCAACGCCAUAGCGGCUGGAUCCAAUAUAGCCGCGGGCAACCUGUGGCUCAAGACAUGAUGGUUGUACAAGCCCCGGUCAAGCUGGGAUAUUUUUGUCUGGCCCGUGGUCUAUCGUACGGCAGGCCGGGCUGCAGUGGGCAAAUAUGGAAUUGGAGGCGGAUAGCCUGACAUGCUCGACUUCCACCAUAUAUAUUCAAGCAUCGCUCCAAUCUACCAACGAGACAACACAUCGUGAUCAUUUAUUAUAGACUCACUACGAAUAUCCACUCUCGUGACAAGAAUAUAAGCGCCUCAUAGCCGGGAUGAGCGUAUGGGUCUCCGAUACACCGUCAUACUCAUUCAAACCUUCUCUCGAGCGUUUCACGGCCGUCGAAUAUUAAUCCACCGCUUCCCUGUCGAAUUGUCACAAUAUGUCGUCCUAGCGGAACAGUAACCUUGCUCUGCUUCUCAUGUGACGGGGUCUUGCUUGGAUCUCGCAGUUAGCCUGUUGAACUAGAAGGGAGACGCUGCGCUCCGUAUCUAAGAGCCUUUUACUAAAAUUUUAAUCCACUGUGUACCAUGAACAUAGUUCAAAACCCGCAGAAUAUCUUUGCUCAAUAUUUUACAAAACGAGAAUCUCUAGGGGUCCAGCCCCGUAUGAAGACGUGAAGAGGUGGAAAGACCGCGAAACGAAAAGUAAAAAGAACAGCAGCAGAUCCAGCCUCUAGCUAUCGCGUACCAACAUGUGAUCGUCUUCCUUUCCAGCGCAACCGAUGCAAUUACCAUCUUGAAAAUGAAGACGAAGUAAACGAUGAGAAUCAGAAGAAAGUAAGACAGGCGAAAGAAAGGGUUAGCGAGGCGAGUCUAUACCCCAAUUGAGACCCACGGUCGUGUUUCAGAACGAGAUUAAAGAGAAAUAUACGCCAUAGGUAGAGCCUAUUGAAGCACGUUGCCAUCAUCAUCUGGCUCAAUCCUAACAAGGAUCUCUUCGAGGAACCCUUCUAGAAAAGAAGGAAUACCGGCACCCAUACCAACAGGAGCAUCGGUAUCCCAGCGCUCGAUUCUACUGAGGAUACUACCCAGGUCGCUGGAGAGGCUUUCAAUCAUUUCCUGUGCAUAUUCCCGCCGUGAUUGGAGCUCAAGGGACUGCUUGAGACUCUCACCAUCAUGAGCUACUGUGGAGCGGGUGGCAAGUUCAAGACGGCGGGCGCGUCGAUGGAGGGCUUCUCGCAGUGCAGGAAUAAUAACGCUGUUCAGCGCCGUGACGUCCUCAGGCUUUCGAGAACCCCUCGCACCAUUCUCGUUCGAAAUGGCUGCUCCCUGGUGAGUGCGCUGCUGAUUUGGGCUGUGAUGGCUCGGUUGUAAACUGGGUAGCGCGGUGUGUAAAUGAUUUUGCAAUUGUGGCUGCGGCUGUGGUGAUGUGUGUUUCGGUGUUGGCGGAGGGCGAGGGGGUGAGUGGGACGGCGGCUGGACCAUCGGAUGGGGAAAGGGUGGAGGCUGGGGACGUGAUGGGUCUGUUCCAGUUCUCCCUUGCUGCUCUGUUGGUUUUCGGGAUGGGGACGCCAUUACACGACGCCCUUGUAACGUGGGCGCUUCCAUUGACGGUGACGGUCGUACCUGGUGGUUAGAUAAUUUCGAAAGCGGACUGUCUUUGUCAAUGAACGUCGAUAGUGAAGUGCCUGGUGAGCGGUCAAGCUGGAGGAAUCCCAAAUCUUGAGCAAGAGACUGCUGCAAGACUCUGUCAUACUCGCUACCGGGGCUUUCUUUAAGCUGCUGAGACACUGGCUCGGAGAUACGCGACGGUGUGGAAGGGAAAUUGUCAACAUAUGUCGACUUCACCGGAGACGGUGGCAAUGGAAUUUUUGAUGGUGACGCGGGCUUAGGUGCAGCAAUAGGCGUAUUUCUGGUGUGAGCAAAAGAUGCAGGUGCAGGAUUAUUGGGUUUCAAUACCUCCUUUCGAGGCUCAGUCUUGGAAUCCCGGCCCUUUGUCCUGUGGCUCCUAAUAUUCAUGUCGGCUACCUUCAUUGGAUUCAAAGCGUUUCCCCGUCCAACAGGACGAACGGUACCGAAAUCCCAGAGGUCGUCGUCAUCCUCAGUAGCCGUUGGCAAGUCUGAAGGCUCUUGCUCUAGUUCAUCGUCUUCAUCGCCCCUUUUAUUGCCAUUGACUGCUUGCCAGCGCUCAUACCGCUCAAUCAGCUCCGUCAGGUAAUUGGUUUUCUUUGCUCGUUUGAUAAAAGGAUGCUCAAGUAGUUCCCUGGCGGUUGGCCGCUCUCGGGGGUCGCGCCGUAGGCAUAGCUCCACAAAGUUCUUGAAUGUCUUGCUAUACUCGCCCUGCAGUGUAGGAGGAGGGUUCUUGGGAAUCAAAAACAGGACUUUCAUAGGGUGUAUAUCGGAAUACGGUGGCUCUCCGUUGGCCAACUCAAUCGCCGUAAUGCCAAGGGACCAAAUAUCAGCUUUGUAGUCGUAUCCUGACUGUUUGAUCACCUCUGGGGCCAUCCAAAACGGGGUCCCUACGAACGUAUUCUUUUUGGUCAUGGUAGCUGACAGCUGACUGGAGACCCCAAAGUCCGCCAGCUUCACCUGACCGCUCGAUGUUAGAAGUAUAUUUGCAGCUGUCAAUCAUAAACAUCGUUAGCCCCUUGGUUAACUAGCUUCGGGCGUAGCUGAUUAUACCUUUAACAUCUCGGUGCAGUUUCUUAUCUCUGUGUAAGUAGUCGAGCCCCUUGAGAAGCUCCCGUAUGAUGAUCACGAUAUAUUCCUCUGGAAUAGGACCGGGGCGCAUUAGAUCUGAGCAGCUACCCCCGGAACAAAAUUCCAUGACGAUCCACAAGCUAGAUCCUUUCAGAUAUGACCCAUGGUAUCGGGUCACGUAUGGAGAGUUGAGUUCGGAUAAGAUGGCGAUCUCUUGAAUGAUAUCCUCCACCUCAUCUUCAGCAUUCUCAACAUCGAUUAUCUUGAUCGCGACCGAUUUCCCCGUCUGUUUAUCGACACUGUAGUACGUCGUUCGUAUCAAGAAUUGGUCUUGGGGGAGUGGAGAAGACUAAAUGUCAUACCCUUUAUAAACCCGUCCAAAGCUUCCGCC